AUCUCCUCAAAUUUACGUUUGACUAUGAUUUCAAUUUGUCUCCACAAAAGCUAUAUAAGGCUGAAAAAGAAUUGAAACCACGAAUAGAGAAAGAAAUAGACGAGGCGACAGGGGCGUGGCCAAUCCAUGCUGAAGGAUUCUCGUGUGAGUCACGACGAUCACCCAUGACAUCAGCCAGACUACAACAUCGAUAUCUCAACCCUUCCUUCUCUCUACAUACAUAGCUUUGACAUUUCAUUUCGAAAUAGUAUAUGGACAUUCCGGAAACCGCAAAUCUGCGCAUCACGAUUGAUUUAACGACCGAAGACGACGCUAGACAAGAUGGCGCCCACCAUGCCCGCCUUCCGGAUGACCACAAUACUAGCAAUUUCACGAAGGAUGAUCGAGUCCAUGACGAGGGCGUAGACGAUGCUAAGCCGGAGGAUAUAUUCCGCCACAAGAAGAAACGCAAAAACGCAAAGACCGCGAAAUCGCACGCCCUCGUCGCUGCGUUCGAGGCCCGCCUCCGCCUCGUACCCAGCCCCGCGCCUCCCACGCAAGAACUGGUAGAUCCGAGUUACCCAGAUGUGGCGACUGAAGUGAAGACCACGGCAUUCCCGGACCCGGUUCUCGUCCAUGUUGGACGGAAGAAGACCAUCUUCACCAACAUCGCGGAAAUAGCCAGGUUUGUGCGGCGGGAGGAGGCGCAUUUGACCGCAUUCUUGUUCUGGGAACUUGGGACCAACGGAAAGCCGGACGACGACGGGAACCUAGUCAUUAAGGGGAUUUUCAAGGAAGCGCUGGUUGGGAAGGUGGUUGGGCGGUAUCGGGGGUUGUAUGUGACAUGCAAGUCAUGCACCUCAGAUGAUACUCUCCUGACCACGGAGGAUAAUCCACUCCAGGGGCUUCAGCAGCCACGGCCGGGGAGCACUCAUGUUGUCACGUGCAAUGCUUGCGGAAGUGAAAGCACUGUUCCGCGCAUUCGUUCUAGUGGAUGUCGUGGGCUCACGGUCGGAAAACGUCGAACGGUCUAGAGCUAGUAGAAAGAAGAAAGCAGGUUUUUCCUUUGAAACAUUCACUACUGACGAUAUUUCAUCAUCAGAGUAAACCAGAGCUCUAGCAUCUACGUGAAGUCCUUAUCCAUAAGUCCAUCCGCAUACUCAUCGCAUUGUCCUGAGCAAGUGCAAAAACCACCUCACGAGCU